AUGACUAUAGAAUUUGAAUUAUUAACAGAAUUACAACAGACUGUUUAUAAUGUCGAAUUGACAUGUCAAAGUUGUGUUGAUUCAGUUAAACAAGCUUUAUCAAAAGUUAACGGAUUGACCAGAUUUGAUAUUGAUUUACAAAAUCAAAGAGUUAGUGUUGAAGGUAUCACUGCACCAUCAACUAUUAUUAAAGCUAUUCAAGAAACUGGUAGAGAUGCAAUUAUUAGAGGUACUGGUCAACCAAAUUCAGCUGCUGUUUCUAUACUGGAAAGUUUCAAUGAAGAAGAUAAAUUUGCACCUGUUAAAGGAUUAGCUAGAAUUGUUUCAACAAAUGAAGGGAAAUUAUUAGUUGAUAUUACAUUAAAUGGAUUACCAAAGGGUACAUAUUAUCCAAGUUUUAGAAAUUCAGGUGAUAUCUCUAAAGGUGCAUCAUCAACAGGUGGAUUAUUUUAUGAAUUCCCACCAAUUGAAGUUAAUGAACCAAGUGAUUUAUCAGGUUUAUAUUCAGGACAAAAUUUUAUUAGUGCAAAUUUAAAAAUUACAGAUUUAAUUGGUAGAAGUAUGAUUGUUUCAAAUUUACAAAAUUCAAUUAAUCCAAGUUCUUUAGCUGGUGUUAUUGCAAGAAGUGCCGGGGUUUGGGAAAAUGAUAAACAAGUUUGUAGUUGUAGUGGUAAAACUGUUUGGCAAGAACGUCAAGAUGCUCAACAACAUGGUGUUAGAGCAUAA